CAAAUGCAAAGUGUGCCUGCAUGCAGCGUGCCGAACGAGAAUCCCUAAGAAGAUCGCACAAAAUCGGGAGGUGCGAGCAGUUCGACGUGUGACGUGACCCACAAGGUGAGUUCCAUUGAACAAAUGCAAACGGAUUCGCCUACACCCCUCAGAGCACUUGAGAAUGCAUUGAUUMAUGGCAAUCGUCACGGGUUCCAGGGGAGGCCUCACACUCUUCAAGGAAACACGGAACACAACAUGCUGGCAGACGCCGAUGAGGAUGACUUGGCGGUUCCAGAUGCCCUUCCGAGGUUCAUUCCCAAUCGCAUUAUGCAGGCCAGCGAACGACCGUACUUCAUUGAAGACAAGGUGCUAGAAACGACGUCUGAGAAGUGGGGGCAUCACAUUUUGUGGCAUACAGACGUAUUCGAGCCAUGCAUUUUUAAAGGGGAGUGGCUGAUGGCACUGCAUCUAACAUCAGGAUGGAAAGUCAAACCGAGACUGGCAGAAGUACUGUGGCUGAAAGUGACGAAGAGCGAAAUCGUCUUCCAUGUCAGUCGCGAAAACGACGGAGCGGACGAGGCAGCUAUUGAGGACAAGGCUCAAUGGCUAUUCGAUUCUCUGCACUCCAACAAUCAGCUGGAAUAUAAACACAAGUUCUAUGACUUACCRUCAAGCCGGUCAUACAAGACCAUCGAUUGGAAGAUGGAACUUCAUCCUGCGUGCCACAACAUUGAGACAAUCCAGUUCGAAUGCUCACAGCUUGGGGGGCAGUCGACGACGCACUUGGCUGCCAGUGUUGGGGAAGCGAUGAGUCAAACCAAUGUUAAGAUAAUGGGGGUGAACAAGGAAACAUGGAAUGUCGACAAAGAUCCUUCGAACGUCGCAUCGUACGGACCUCCUCUAAUAACUCAGGUGGAAAACCAGAGUGCAUCACAGAUGGAGAGCCYCACUCCUUCCACGGACAUGGCGGUUUCAGAUGCAAUGCAACAAGGUGGRUAUGCAGAACGUGCGAGURAGGUGCAAAUAGAUUCCGAUGAGAUGAUGAAACUGCUGGAUGAGGCGRAGAAGGAUGGGAAGAGGAAGCUUGAGGGAUCAACCACGUCCWAGACGGUGAUUAAUUGUAUAUCGUUAAGCGAUGAAGGGGUAGACGUACAUGUAGAYGGGCGCGAUGACAAUGAGGAUGCARAGGACAAUGUCGAUGAAUAUAAGGUAGUGGAUGACGGAGGUCAACCUGCGAGAUGAUCGACAAGAGAGAUAAAGAAAAAACACCCGA